GGGGAGAGGAUGUCUGUCCCACUGCUGUCUCUCUAACAGAAAAGAGGGGAGGGGGGGGCUUCCUCUGAAAAAAGGAAGAAAACCAGUUCCAUUGCGCUCCCUCUCUCAAGGGGCACUUUGCUUCCUUCUACAUUUUGUGCCUGAAACAUUUUUCUUUUAGAAAAAAAAUUAAAAACUAAAAAAAAACUGAAGACAAAUUUUGCUUCCAUGGAGGUCCUGGAGUCUCCUACCAAGGAGAUCGAGGACUUUGAGAACAACUCUCUGAAGCACCUUCUGCCGGAGCAGAUUGAGAAGAUCUGGCUGAGGCUGCGUGGGCUACGAAAGUACAAGAAGACGUCACAAAGGUUGCGAUGUCUCGUAAAGCAGCUGGAGAGGGGCGAGGCCUCUGUGGCGGACCUCAAGAAGAACCUGGAGUACGCCGCCUCUGUGCUGGAGACCGUGUACAUCGAGGAGACGCGGCGGCUGGUGGACACGGAAGAUGAGCUCAGCGACAUCCAGUCGGACUCUGUGCCUUCGGAGGUGCGGGACUGGCUGGCCUCCACCUUCACGCGCCAGAUGGGCCUGAUGUUGCGGCGGACGGAGGAGAAGCCACGCUUCCGAAGCAUCGUGCACGCCGUGCAGGCAGGGAUCUUUGUGGAGAGAAUGUAUCGUCGAACCUCCAAUAUGGUCGGAUUAAGCUACCCACCCAGCGUUAUUGCUGUUCUUAAGAAUGUGGACCUGUGGUCUUUCGAUGUCUUUGCUCUGAACGAGGCCAGUGGAGACCACGCACUGAAAUUCAUAUUUUAUGAACUUCUCACCAGAUAUGACCUCAUCAAUCGUUUCAAGAUCCCCAUCUCUGCACUGGUGUCCUUCGUAGAAGCCCUGGAGGUGGGCUACAGCAAGCACAAGAACCCCUACCACAACCUGAUCCAUGCUGCAGAUGUCACGCAGACGGUCCAUUACCUUCUUCUGAAGACUGGGAUGGUGCACUGGCUGACGGAGCUGGAGAUCUUCGCCAUGAUUUUUGCAGCGGCUGUGCAUGAUUAUGAGCACACAGGCACCACAAACAACUUCCACAUACAGACCAGAUCAGACACAGCCAUCCUGUACAAUGACAGGUCCGUACUAGAGAAUCACCAUGUGAGCGCAGCCUACCGCCUCCUGCAGGAUGAUGAUGAGAUGAACAUCUUGUACAACUUAUCAAAGGAUGACUGGAGGGAGCUGCGGGCCGUCGUGGUUGAGAUGGUACUGGCCACAGACAUGUCCUGUCACUUCCAACAGAUCAAAGCCAUGAAAAACUUCCUGCAGCAGCCUGAAGCGAUCGACAAGCCCAAAGCCUUAUCUCUCUUACUGCACACGGCGGACAUCAGUCAUCCUGCAAAGAACUGGGAUGUGCACCACCGCUGGACCAGUUCCUUAUUGGAGGAGUUCUUCAGACAGGGAGACAAAGAGGCUGAGCUGGGACUGGCCUUCUCUCCACUCUGUGACCGCAAGUCAACCAUGGUUGCUCAGUCUCAGAUUGGGUUCAUCGACUUCAUUGUAGAGCCCACCCUCACUGUUCUCUCCGACAUGACAGAGAAGAUCGUCACGCCGCUCAUCGAAGAGGCCUCCCGCUCCGGCCUGACGGGAUUCCGGCGGUCCAGUCUGAACAACAUCACGGCGGCGGAUGGGAAGCGGUCCAUCGUUAAGAGCACUGGUUCAGAGGGCAAUGCCUCUCUCAACUGUUCGCUGCUUUCCGUCGACUUCAAGAGCUUCAAGGCCACGUGGAAUGAGGAGCUGCAGAAGAACCGGGAGAAGUGGAAAGCGGAGGCCGCCAAAGACUUGGAAGAGGAAGCUAAGCGGGAGGCUGAGGAGAAGGAGGCGCAGGGACAUGCAGAGGAUGGGCAGCCAAAGAAGGAGGAGCCAAGUGGAGCCGAUCCGCACCAGAACAAACCCGACGAAGAGGAGAAAGGCAAAGGGGAGGAGAGCGAGAGCAAGGAGUUUGGAGGAGAAGCAGAGUCACCGUCCAAACUUGACCCCAAUGGCUCUGAAGCCAAGGAGUCCAGCAGCGCCGGUGAUUCUGAGAACAACCAACCAGUCCAAAACGGAGAAGUGCCAGAAACAGCCGACUUGCCUGAAUGUGCUGGCAGUGAAAAAAAGACCCCUGACGGUUCAGGCGAGAAGAGGACUAAACGACCCAGUCCACCAGCGUCACUGGCAGCCUUGGCCUCUGCAGCUCGGCCUGUAUAAACUAACCACCAGCUCAGUUUCAUUUCCCAACAAAGACUUACUUCCCAGGAUGGGCCUGCGCUCACUGUGCUACACUGCCCCCUAGUGGACACACUCUUUUUUUAACCAUGUUUUGCUCUUUUUUUUAAGUGUGUUCAGAGGUGGGGUAGGUGUGUGAGACAGAGGGAGGUGCUGUGAUUGUUUUCUGCCUUUGAAGUGCCCUUCCUGUGGAGGGCGCUACAGGCCAUUCCCUGCCUGUGCGAGCAAAGUCAUUGAGGCAGGAACAGGACAAGAGCAUCACCUCUUGUGUGUUUUUGUUAUCUAGUCCCUGUGCUGUUUGUACUGGGUGCCACUACUUUUCAUACCUGCGCUUCGUGGAAGUCCAAGGGUGCUGGGGUUUGGGGGUGGUGAGGAACAGAGGAGCAUCGCGGGGAGAGUGGGGGUGUUAGUGGGCACCACCUAUGGUUCAAUGACGAUCAAAGUGUCCAUGAAAUAGAAUGACUCUGGGGGGCCCUGGAAUCCACACUGUGCUGUUCCCUGCACUGUUUAUCACGAUUGUUUUAUUUGUCCAUUUUCAUCAAUAGAUGAUAUGGCUACAGAAGAUAGCACAGUGCCCCACUUCAGAAAUCCCACAUAUUAUUAUUAUUAUUAUUAUUAUUAUUAUUAUUAUUCCAAUGGAUGUCAAAACUCAGAAUUACCUAUUAUUUAUUACUGUAUUUAUUUUUACUCAAGUGUUUCCUUGGGGAGAAGCAGCAGGAGAACUACCUAUAGUAGCAUCCCCAGUCAAAAUGUACACAAGAAACUCACCUCACCUCAGACCUCAAAUAAUUAGUCACGAAAACACAACCUUGCUUUAAAAGUCAUCCUUUUGCUAUUAAAGGUAUCCUAGAAACAACAUAAACUGGGGGUAACACUAAUCAGCAGUGGGUUCUCGGGGUUACGAUUAGGGCUGGGGUCUGUCUCUCUGUCUUGGAGUUCUGCUUUGACUCUAAUAACCACACAAUUAGUACCGUCAGAAUAUUGUGACAUAACCCCGUUUUACCCUCCAGCUCAUCUCUGAACUCGACACCUCAAUGUGUCAUUUGCAGACACUCCAACUUUCAUCAAAUGUGUAUUAUUCAUGUUUUGGCCAAUUUAAAUACAAAAAACAAAGUGUAAACACAAAAUAUGUUGUUGUUAUGCAAUACACUAGUAAUAUUAGAUAUUAAUCUGUGAAAGAUAUUUUAAAGUGUAAAUGAAACAGGGGGCCAAAAUGACUGUAGAAUCUGCUGGAAGGGGGUGUCUCAUCCCCCCAGCCCCUGAAAUAUAAGUAUUGAGCACUGAGACUUUUAUGAUGAUGACAAUGAUCAUUAUAAUUAGUUAUUAUGAGUUGUUUUCCAAGAUGCAAAUUUCAUGGUCAAGAUUCCCUUAUAUAUGUAAAAUUUUUCAGUAUCUUCACUUUUAUGAGUUCUUUCACGUGAUGCUUUUAGCCAAAGCAACUUACAGUAUUUAGCGUUUUUUGCAGCUUGGUCAUUUUUGCCGUAACAGUUCAGGGAAGGUACCUUGAUCAAGGGGACUACAGCAGAAGAUGGGAUUUGAACCUGUGUCCUGUGAGUGGUAGAGGGCUGUGCUAACCACUGCACAACCUGCUGGCCCUUCUUUGCAGAAAGGAGUGAGGUGAACCACCAGGCCCCCCACAGUACUCGCCAGGCUAGGGUUAGGGUGUGUGUGCAGGAGCUCACGGGAAGCGCAGUGUGUCCCUGCUCUGGUUUAUGUAAAGACCAUGGUGGUGUGAUGCACAGAAGCCCGUGUAAACAGUCUGGAAGGACCGAGAGGAACGGUCCUGGCCAUGUCUUGUUAGAACAACACGGCACUGCAUCUCCCUACCGCCGUGCUCGGUCCGGGCCCCGUCUCCCAUAUUUGGACUCCUCACUGUUCUGGGGACAGCGGUUCCUGAGGCUCAUAUUGCUGCUCUCUGCUUUUCCUCUUCCAUCCAGCACCAAGUUUAUUCUUCACACACCGAUGUUGCUCAACUUGCCUGAUGCAAAACGAAAGGCACAGGCAGCCGUGCUCCAUGGGGAUCCCAACCUGCAACACUCUGAUAUUGCAGACAGCUCCCUAACCGCUACACCACCUGGUGACAGCGAUGGUUUGGUACAUAUUUUAUGCAGCACUGGAGUGGGUUUAAACUGAAAUGUUCGGAAUCCUGCUGUCAUUGCAAUGAAGCAUUUACAACUUUUAGUUAGCGUGACCUACAUGUAAAUAUGUGACAUAUACGUCGCACACACCGGGACGGUUAAGGAACAGGCUCAGGGGAGUUAAUCUCAGAGAUUAGCUCACUCUCAGAGGAGUUAAUCUGUGUUGCUUUUCACUCCACCAGCGUGACCUUCAUUCCUGUUUCAUUCAUGCAGUCGGAUAUUUAAAACAUUUGAAGCGGAACAAGUGAGUAAAGCAGCAAACGAGAUUUCGGCGUCUGCUGUUCGCUGUACUCGAAACACCUUCGGUAAAUUUACCGAACCCGCGUUGCCAUGACACUUAACCUGCAAAUAAAACUCGCAAAUAUACCCAUAAAUGCCAUAAAUGAAGAGCUACUAAGAUGUUAGUAUUAUUAUAAGCUUGUAAAUAGUCUAUUGUCCACCUGUGAAUUUCUUUUAAAAAAGGAAAUAUAUAUGUAAAAGAAGUUUUAACCCUUUAAAAGCGUGUUCAGUGCUGUGAAACAGUGUUUCUAAUCUAACUCAGAAAAUACUCCGGGAUAAUAUUUCAUUUUAUUGGCAGUCAGACAGGAUGGAUGACCGCUGCCCGAAAACCAAGAGACUAUUUAAAUGUUGAGAAAAAGCUCAUCGCCAUAUUGAAUAUAUCCCAGUUCUUUCUUGAAAGUGCUUUGCCCUGUUGCUACUCAAUGCAUCACAAGUCUGAAAUAAUGUUAUCAAUUUCUCUGAUGAUGCUUUGACUUUCUUCUCUGUUGCUAUGGCAAUAUCUUUUAAACUGGCAAGUUUUUGACUAGUCUGGUUCCUUAACUAGAACUCCCCCGUUGUAGCGAAGGCAGUGUGAUUGGAUGAACAUGUCUCCUGUCCUUUAGUACCCGCGUCUUGGUACCCCCCCAUCCCUGUUGCUCAUGAUCGGAGUGUGUGUUCACAAGUGCGCCUUGCUUUGCCAGUGUGUUUCAGGUGAGGGUUCUGUUCAAGCAUCUCACUGGCAGAUGAAGAAGCUCUGCCCCAUCCUGAAAGGUGAUUGGUGGGCUAUCCUGUCCCUUACCUUGCUAAAUUAUAGCGUUUUGUGACUAUAGAGGAAAAGCUGGAUGGGGAGAGAGAAAAUGAGGUAAAAAGGAGAAGGGUCAAACAGAGAGGGAGGGUUUGAGGGAAAGGGGUUGAGAGGUUUUCUUUUCGAUAUUGUGGCCAAGUUUCACACCACCACUUCAGCCUUUUCUUAAUAGGUCUCAUUUCUUGUCAGCUGCCAUUGCUUUCAAAAUGUGUAAAAUCUGCAUGUAAAUGAUGCCGGAAGUGUGGCAUUUUUGCUGCAAACAGAGCCACCUGCUGGCUGGUACAUGCAUUGCGUCACCAUGCUUUCUACCGUGGCGUUUUUGGCACAUCUCGGAAACGCGACUUCUGUGACUCUUGAGCUUCUGUGACUCUUCAGCUCGGCUUCACGAAAAUCCGACGACGUCAUUGAAAGUGCGGGGUUGCUUUGUGCUCUUUGUAAUUUUCAUUGAUUUUGUCUGAAGACACGUAUCUCUGUGAAGAUGCUUCUUACAUUUUUGGCGUCGCCUUUGUUCCGACUAUGUGUCAUAAUGUUCUCAUUUAUAAUAACAUUUCAAGUGGGAAGAAAAUAAAACAAGUAUACUGUUAAUGACAGGGGAGAAUAAAACUGUGCUGACCUCACGGUCAUAGUUGUUGCAAUGUCAAUAUCAUGUUAUUGCACUGUUGUGACAAUAAAUCUGAUUUCAAAG